AUGCCGAUGCGUUCUGGCGCUCGUGGCCUCAAUCUCACUGUCGCUAAUAAUAUUAUAUUUGUAGAGCCACAAAUGGAUGUCUCUUGCAUUGCCCAAGUAUGUUUUGCUCUUCUACCGCUUUUUGUACGUCAAAAGGCAGUCCCACUCCGCCCACUUCGCAACCGCAUUUGGUCCUUAUGA